AUGGCGGGCGGUGGCGGCUGCCGGCGCGGUCGGGAGCAGCUGGAGCUGGAGCGGCUGGGGCAGGCGGCGCGGGCCGGCUCCUGCCCGCCAUCACCGCCGCUCUCCGUCUGCUCGCGGCAGGCCUGGAGCCGGGACAACCCGGGCUUCGAGCCUGAGGAGGACGCGGCGGCGGCGGCGGCGGGGCCGGUGCUGGAGAUGGACGUGGAGUGGGGCAGCCGAGCCGCGUCGUCGCUGGGCAGCGGCACGGGGGGCCCUGUGGGCGGCGGGCGGCGGGCGCGGAGGGGCCCCGCGGGGCGCGGCGGAGCCGAGGGGCCCGGCCGCCUCCCGGGGCCGCCCGAUGGAGCCGCGCCCCGCAGAGCGGCCUGGGCUAAGCGCCUGGCGCGGAGACUGCGAGGUCUGUGGGGGACAAGAUUCAUGGAAGAGAGCAACACCAGCAGAGAGCAGUACUUGAAAAGCAUUUUACGGGAGCUGAUCACGUACAUGGUUUUCCUCGUGGUCCUGUGUAUCUUGACUUAUGGGACAGUGAGUUCCAGUAUGUACUAUUAUACAAGGGUUAUGUCACAGCUCUUCCUGGAAACACCUGUGUCAAAAACAGAAAAAACUGAUUUCAAAACUUUGUCCACAAUGGAUGACUUCUGGAAGUUCACAGAAGGCCCUUUGCUGGAUGGUCUUUACUGGGAAAUGUGGUACAACAACAAAACCAUGGCAGAAAACAAAAGCUUCAUUUAUUAUGAGAACCUGCUCCUAGGAGUGCCUCGCAUUCGGCAAUUGAAAGUCAGAAAUGGUUCCUGCGCCAUACCUGAAGAUUUAAAGGAGGAAAUCAAAGACUGCUAUGAUGUCUAUUCUGCAGCUAAUGAAGAUACUGCUCCUUUUGGACUCCGGAAUGGAACUGCCUGGACAUACACCAAUGAGAAGGAUUUGAAUGGCAGCAGCCACUGGGGCUUGAUUGCCACAUACAGCGGGGCUGGUUAUUACCAAGACCUCUCGAGGACCAGAGAAGUGACAGCUCUGCAGAUUGCAAGCCUGAAGGAGAACCUGUGGCUGGACAGAGGGACCCGAGCAGCCUUCAUUGAUUUCUCUGUGUACAAUGCAAACAUCAACCUGUUCUGUGUGAUCAGGUUGCUAGUAGAGUUUCCAGCCACUGGAGGCCUGGUUACAUCUUGGCACUUUCAGCCUGUGAGGCUGAUUCAUUACAUCUCCACUUUUGAUUUUUUCCUGGCAGCCUGUGAAAUGUCCUUCUGUCUUUUUGUUCUGUAUUAUAUGGUGGAAGAGGUCUUAGAAAUUCGCAUUCAUAGACUGCGUUACUUCAGAAGUGUUUGGAAUUGCCUUGAUAUCCUUAUCAUUGUACUGUCUGUGGUAGCUAUAGGAAUUAGCAUCUAUAGGACAUCAGCUGUCGAUAUGCUCCUGAAAAAGCUGCUGGAAGAUCAGAACUCAUUCCCCAAUUUCGAACCCUUAGCAUAUUGGCAAAUGCAGUUUAACAAUAUUGCUGCAGUCACUGUGUUUUUUGUCUGGAUUAAGCUUUUCAAAUUUGUUAACUUCAACAGAACGAUGAGUCAGUUAUCCACAACAAUGUCUCGCUGUGUCAAGGAUGUAAUUGGCUUUGCCAUUAUGUUUUUUAUUAUUUUCUUAGCAUAUGCUCAGUUGGCCUAUCUUGUCUUCGGCACUCAAAUUGAUGACUUCAGCACUUUCCAAGAUUGCAUAUUUACUCAAUUCCGCAUCAUUUUGGGAGACUUCAACUUCACAGAGGUUGAAGAAGCUAAUCGAAUUUUGGGACCUGUUUAUUUCACUACAUUUGUGUUCUUUAUGUUCUUCAUUCUUUUGAACAUGGUUUUGGCCAUUAUCAAUGAUACCUACUCUGAAGUCAAAUCAGAUAUGGCACAACAGAAGGCAGAAAUGGAAUUGUCUGACCUUAUCAGGAAGGGCUACAACAAAGCCAUGAUCAAACUUAAAUUGAAGAAGACUACUGUUGAUGACAUUUCAGAAAGUCUGAGACAAGGUGGAGGAAAACUCAAUUUUGAUGAACUCCGGCAGGAUCUCAAAGGGAAGGGGCACACGGAUGCAGAGAUUGAAGCAAUAUUUACCAAAUAUGAUCAGGAUGGGGACCAGGAAUUGACAGAGCAUGAACAUCAGCAGAUGAGAGAUGACCUGGAGAAAGAGAUGGAGGAUCUGGACCUGGAUAGGAGCUCUCUACCACGUCCUCUGAGCAGCCGCAGCUUCCCCCGGAGCUUGGACGACUCUGAGGAGGAUGAGGAUGAAGACAGCGGACACAGCUCCAGGAGGAGGGGCAGCAGCUCUAGUGGGGUUUCCUAUGAAGAGUUCCAAGUACUCAUGAGGCGGGUGGAUCGCAUGGAGCAUUCCAUUGGCAGUAUCGUCUCCAAGAUUGAUGCUGUUAUCGUGAAGCUGGAAGCCAUGGAGAGGGCCAAGCUGAAAAGGAGAGAUGUGUUGGGAAGACUGUUGGAUGGAGUGACAGAGGAUGAAAGGCUGGGCCGGAACAGUGAAAUCCACAGGGAACAAAUGGAGCGGCUGGUGCGAGAGGAGCUGGAGCGCUGGGAGUCAGAUGACACGGCCUCCCAAAUGAGCCAUAGGCUGGGAACACCCCUGGGACUGAAUGGCCAACCUCGCUCCAGGAACUCUCGGCCAUCUUCUUCCCAGUCAGAUGGUGUUGAUGCAGGAGCAGGAAAUGGGGGUAACAAUCCAUGUGUAGCUUGAUCUUUGUAGGUGAUUCCACAUGUUUCAGGUCAGUAUUCAGCCAGCAAAUUCCCCAGCAUGAGGGGAUCAUUCUGAUCAGACCCCUGAGGACAUCUUUCACUGGUGGGAAAAAGUAAAUAUUCACUCCAUAAAUCAUUUACAGGCCUGUGUAAGCCAUGUGUAAUGCCAGUAGUGAGUGUCACCCUUGGAAACAAAAAUGCUGGGAACUGAAUGGAUAGCAUGUGGGACAAAAUCUACCAGGACAGAAAUCUGAUUCCAUAAAAAUAUUAUUGGGAAUACUUGCAUGAGGACAGCAAGCUUCAGACAAAAUAAUGUGCAGUGGCUGACAUACUAAGAGGCUAUUAAUUUUCUGCUUCCUCUUGGAAAGUACAAUUUUUAAAGGCUUUUAAAAGCAAAUUUUAAAAUAAUAUGGCAUCAGUUUUUCUUAUUCAUUAUAACAGCUUAUUCAUUAUAACACUUUUUUUAAAAAUAUGAGUUUCUACUUGUCUUUCUGAGUUAUUCUUGGUAUACUUAGCAUUUUACUUAAUUUAAAAUAUUUUUUUCCUAUUUUGAGAGGUACAUUUCUUUAAGCAGAAGAAAGUGCAUUUAGUUUGUACAACUGUAAACUGCAUCAUUCUGUGAUAGAAACUAAAUGCAUUAUAAGUAGCAUUUAGCAAGAAAUAUUUGAGAACUGCCUCUUCAUACCCAAAUAAUAUAAUAAUUUUCAGCUAAGUUGCAAAGUGCCCAUUUUUUAAUGCUAUCUUUUAAUGAUUUAAGUGUUUCUGGGAUAAACAUUCCGGAGGUUAUUAGAUAAGUACAGCUACUUUGCAGAAAAUACAUUAUUUAAAAGCACACAAAAUUGAAAACCCCUGAGUUUGCCUUGGGUGUGACAGAGAAAGGGCAGAGAAGUUUCUGACAGUUGGGAAAAUCUGAUCUUGUGCCAUGUGAAGUUCUAAUCACAUCUCAACUAUGUGGUCUGUAUUUACAUUUAACUAAACUGCUUGUGAAAUGAUUAGCUACUUUUCUACAUAGACUUUUCUGCUGAGGUGCAACACAGGAUUCCUUUGGGAAGUGUUUAUAUUAUAAUCACAGAUUUUUUGUAUUUAAUUCCCUCUGCUUUGUGUCAUAGAAGUUUUAUUUUUGAAAGGACAUGCAACGUUGAAAUUCUGUUGAUGUCCUAUAGAGAGCACUGAGGCAAUGUUUUCAGUUUUGCCUAGGAAUAUGUGUCCACAUGUGGAAUGCUGGUUUAAGAGGAAGGCUGUCGGUUGUGGUUUUUUCCUGAAGAUGGCAGUGUUCUGCUGUUUAAAGACUGAGAACUGGUGAAAAAGAUAAUGGAAAGCUACAUAAUCAACCCUAUCUCAGCUAUUAGUAGUGUAUAUAGAGGAAAAAAGGCCAGUUUAACAAAGUGUAAGUGGUAUGUGUUGUGUUGGUGCCUUAUGUUUUAACAAGCAGUUUGGUAUCUCUUCAUUCUUGUGGGAGUGCUGCUUAGGCAAAGCUUCCAUGUUCCAUACAUUCUUGCAAUGGCAUUGCCUGGAUAUGUGGAAUGUCUUUCCUCUAACCAGUGAACUUGUGAAAACUAAAGAGAAUUCACACCUUUGCAUUUUUGAUUUUAUGAGAAACCAUACGCACAGAAACCUAAUUAAUGUAAGCUGGAAGAGGACGAAAUUCAGUACUGGAAUUUCUUAGUCGCUGUGUCUCGGGAACAGAAUUAUCUAGGAGAACAGGUUGUGGUUCUUGUGUGGGUUAUUUGGUCCUUAUUGGGAAGAAAUUCAUACCCUUUCACAAGAGUCCUCAUGAACUUGUGAAAACAGUGCAUAGCACAGUGGGUAGGGCAUUUGUGUGGGAUGAGGGCAUUCAGAUUAAGCUCUCACUUGCCUUGAUUGAAGGGUUUUACACCUCAGAAACCUUUCUGAGGAAAGCUUUUCAGUGUUGAACUGCAUUUCUGACUGUAAACAAACAGACCAAAGAGAAACACCAGCUGUAUUCAUGGCCAUCUAGUGUGCAAGUAAAAUAGAAAAUACUAUACCAAAGCAAUUUAAAUAUACAGAGCCUUGUCUUUAUGUUCAUAUCCAAGAUGUGUCUUUCAAAAUGUAAAUGCAGUCACUCAGUUCACCUUUCAUUUGUACUAUAUGUUUAUUAUGAAAAUGUUUGCAUUAAUAGCUGUAUUUGGUGGGGUGUAUUUCUGUAACAUGUCGUUACUUGAUAACAAACUUCAUCUUGAAGUGCAGUACAUUUUCAUGGGGUACCCAUGUGCAUUGACAGUGGGCCUUGCAGUAAGUCCAUUGCCACUUGAUAAAUGUUACAAACAUUUUAUUGAUGCAUUUUUCAGUUUUAGAUAUAGCACCCAUUGUCACUUAUUACAAACUUACAGUUUUUUGCAUAGUAAUGUACAGUGUUUGGUCUUAUUAGGAAGCUGUUAAUUGUGCAAGUCUUCUGCAAUGAUCAAGAAUGAGCACUUUAUUUCCUAAUAAACAUUUUAUAUAAUCUAGAAAGCAAAUAUUGUGCCUACACUUGGUUUGUUUAUAAUGGAACAUGAAGAAUCAUAUUAUUUGUGUUACUUUUAGCUCAUAUCUUAUUCUCAGAUUACCUAAUAAAGGGAGUAGAGGGUGUAAAUGAACACAGUGAAUGGGCUGAUCCUACUGAUUCAUUGCCCAAGCAGUCCUUUUUUAACACUUUAUUUCAGAUUUUGCUUCUGCAAAUGCACAGGUUUGCUUUCUGCUACUUCAUGUAGCAGCUCCCACUGCUAGUAACUGUCUCUUCACUACUUGCUGGGCAAUUUAAGUUUGUUUUUCUUUUCUCUAUUCCCCCUUUUUCCUCCCCCUUCAUUCAGGAGGGAAUACUACAGCAUCUGGAGAGUUUGAAUAGAACUUGGAAAGCCCAGGCUGUCAUGUAAAACCCAUGGUUCUCUCUGGACAGCUGUAUUAAUGAAAAUGGAAUUAUUAAUGUAAAUACAUAUCAAUCUUUAAUGAAAUACAUGCAUACUGAAUUUAUUAAGUAUAUUAAGCCUUUAGUCAGUGCACUAUAAAAGUCACAGUGUGUGGGGAGUGGGAACUUUUUUCAUUUAUCUAUUUAUUUAUUUAAUAUUGUGUGUAUGCUGUAAUAUUGCUGAUUUUGGAAGAUUUCUUCAGGAAAUGCAGUUUGAGAUUGUAGGCGAGACUGGGGGUUGCACGGCCGGGACGGACAGAGACGAGAGAUCUCUGAAGCCAAGUCGUGGAACUAGCGGUUUAUUGCAAAGGGCGUGGGUACAGGGCCCUGCUGGGAGCUGCCAGCUGCAGCUCGGAGCAGGCCCGAGAGAAGAGAGAGGAUGAGAGGGUAAGAAUGUAAAAGGCAAGAGCUAAGAGCAUAGAAAAGUAAGAGCAAGAGCAAAAGCAAGAGAGCAAGAGAGCGAAGUUCUCGUUACAAUACAAUAAAUCAUCUUCUGUGUUGA